CCUCAGGGGCAUCCCCAGCCUCAGUUAAACCACCCAGCCUCCAGGAGCACCAUCCAGCCUCCCGGGGCUUCAUCCACCCUCCAGGAGCACCUUCCAACUUCGGGGGCACUACCCAGCCUCGGGAGCACCAUCCAGCCCAGAAUCGCAAUCCAGCCUCCACGAACACCAGCCAACCUCCAGGAGCACCACCCAGCCUCGGGAGCACUACCCAGCCUCCAGGAGCACCAUCCAGCCUCGGGCACCCUCCGGGAGCACCACCCAGCCGCCAGGAGCAUCCAGCCUCCGAGGGCACCACCCAGCCUCCGGGAGAACCAAGCCAGCCUCAGGGAGCACCACCCAGCCGCCAGGAGCACCAUCCCUCCAGGAACACCACCCAGCCGCCAGGAGCACCACCCAGCCGCCAGGAACCAUCCAGCCUCCGGGAGCACAUCCAGCCUCGGGGCACCAUCCCGGCCUCCGAGGGGCACCAUCCAGCAGCUGGGGCACCACCCAGCCUCCGGGAGCACCACCCAGCCUCCGGGAGCACCAGCCUCAGGGGCACCAUCCAGCCUCCGGGGAGCACCAUGCAGCCUCGGGGAACACCACCCAGCCUCCAGGAGCACCACCCUGGCCUCCAGGAGCAGCAUCAGCCUCAGCAGCACCAUCCAGCCUCUGGGGCACCAUCCAGCCUCGAGGGCACCAUCCAGCCGCUGGGGCCUCCAGGAGCACCAUCAGCCUCCAGCAGCACCAUCCAGCUUCCGGGAACACCAGCUAGCCUCCAGGAGCACACCCAGCCUCAGAAGCACCAUCAGCCUCCAGCCUCACCAUCCAGCCUCCGGAGGCUUCACCCAACCUCCGAGCACCAUCCACCCUCCAGGAGCGCCGUCCACCCUCCAGAACACCACCCAGCCUGCAGGAGCACCACCCAGCCUCCUGGAGCACCAUCCAGCCUCCGGGAGCACUACCCACCCUCCAGGAAAACCAUCCAGCUUCAGGAAAACCCCACAGCCUCUGGGAAUCUUUCACCACUCAGCCUCCGGGGGCAUCUCCCAGCCUCCAGGGCACCAUCCAGUCUCAGGGGCACCAUCCAGCCUCAGGGGGCACCAUCGAGCCUCAAGAAGCACCAUCCAGCCUCGGGAGCACCCUCUGGGAGUACCACUCAGCCUCCGAGGGGCACCUCAGCCUCCAGGAGCACCAUCCAGCCUCAGGGGCACCAUCCAGCUUUUCAGGGGCACCAUCCAGCCUCCAGGGGCACCAUCGAGCCUCAGGAGCUCCACCCAACAGCUUCUGGGCACCAUCCAGAAUCCAGGGAAACCACCCAGCCUCCAGGGAAACCUCCGGAGGCUCAUCAACUGCCUCGGGGGCACCAUCCAGCCUCCUUGGGCACCAUCCAGCCUCGGGUAUCAUCCAACCUCAGGGGCACCAUCCAGCCUCAGGAAACCACACAGCCUCAAGGGUGCACCCUCGGCCUCCGGGGCCUCAACUUCAGAAACCAGGCAGCCUCAGGAAACCACACAGCCUCCAAAAACCAUCCAGCCUCAGGGCACACCCAGCCUCAGGAGCACCCAGCCUCCGGGAGCACUUACCCAGCCACCGGGGCACCAUCCCACAGCUCCGAGCCGGGGGCACCAUCCAGCCUCCAGGGGCACCAUCAGCCUCGGGGCAUCAUCUUCCCUCGAGAACCAUCCAGCACUCAGGGGCACCAUCCAGCCUCCGGGGCAUCAUCCCGCCUCCGGGGAGCCACCAUCAACCUCAGGAAACCACACAGCCUCAAG